AUGACAUUCGCCAGAAUAGCAGCAACCCUCACUGCCUUUGCGGUAGUGGGAAAUGCUAGAACGUGUAUGGAAACUGAGGUGGUCAUAUUAGGUGCCGGUGUGGCGGGCGUGACUGCUGCAGAAACACUGCACAACAACGCUGUCGAAAAUUUUAUCGUACUAGAGUAUCAGGACCGUAUUGGUGGGCGGAUGCACGAGGUUACCUUUGGCAAAGGGCAACAAUAUGUACACGGAAAUGGAGGACCUGAAACACAUGUGAAUCCCAUCUGGGACCUAGCUAUUAAAGCCAACCUCCGCACACUGACCAGUGAGGUUGAGAAUGCUACGUUCCUGUUCAACGCACUGGAAGCUGUCAGCGACGCCGACUCCAAGGUCCUCGCCGACGCUGGCAUCCGACUUCACCACCACCUCGAAGACCGUACAUACCGCGCGGCCCUUCGCCGAACCCGAAACAGACGAAUCAGCGGAAGAAACUUCCGAGUUCUAUACCGCAGCAACGACCAAUGCGACGGCCAAGUUCUUCUCUCACCGAGAGGAGUUCAGCUUCGAUCAGCGAACGUAGUAGGUCCACUCCUCGAAGGACAGAAUGCUUGGCGCCUUCGGAAAAACACCAUCGUCAAAGAAAUUGAGCACGACGAUGACUCCGUGACAGCAUAUAGCACGGAUGGGAAUUGUGUGCGAGCCAACUGUGAAGUUUACACCCGAACUGCCAAGGUGGAACAAAGAUGCCAUUGCGAGCUUCGAAAUGAUCACGUAUACCAAGAUAUUCAUGCAAUUUCCGCGUUCCUUCUGGCCCAAGAACCACCAUUGGAUGUUCCCGGUGUGCUGGAGGGAUCGAAUAUCCUUGUUGUUACUGUUGUCAACGAUCAGGCGCAUCGGGUUGAGCGGCAAAGCGAGGCCAAGACACAAUCUGAGAUUAUGGAAUCGAACGGCUCGUACUCGAACUGGCCGCCCGCAGUAUCUGCCAACACGCAUCGGAAUCUCCGAGCAAAUGUUGGGCGGGUUUUGUUUGCUGGAGAGGCUACAAGCCCAAAAUUCUCGGGAUUUCUGCAUGGCGCGUACUAUGAAGGAAAGCGUGCGGCGGAGUCCUUUACUUCGCGUGAGGAAGCAGAGUGGGGCGACUAUAACCCUAGUAAAGAACCACUUGGUUCUUCCCUGCCUUUAAAGUUAUUGUAA